CCUAUAUCCAGUAGGCAUGUUCUCCAACGGCGGCAGCUCCUUGCCUUCCAAGACUAGUGACCAGGAAGAAGACCACUCCAUUCUGCUGCUCUCUCUUUGGCCCCCUGGAAGCCACGCCACCCCUUCGCCUUGCUCCUCUCCAGCUUCCUCUUCUUCUACUUACGCACCGCCCAUCGCUCCUAAUUGGUUCCACAAACAGCACCACUACUUCUCUCACUCUUCGAACCAGGUGGAGGAUGACUCCGCGGUGACGAUCGCGCUCUCCAUCGGCCCGCCGCCCGGUGCUACUAGUGCUUGUGCAAGCACAAUCGCCAUGCCCACUACCGUCACGGGCUUGAACCCCGUGCCUAGUCAGUACUGGAUCCCCUCUGCCGCCGAAAUCCUCAUCGGCAACACCCAGUUCUCCUGCACCGUGUGCAACAAAACCUUCAACCGCUUCAACAACAUGCAGAUGCAUAUGUGGGGACACGGCUCGCAGUACCGGAGGGGAUCCGAGUCGCUGCGUGGUGCCACGAGGCAGAUGCCGUCACCCUCGUUGCUGAAGCUGCCUUGCUACUGCUGCGCCGAAGGGUGCAAGAACAACAUCGAUCACCCCAGGUCACGGCCGCUCAAGGACUUCCGGACGCUGCAGACGCAUUACAAGCGCAAGCAUGGAGCGCGGUCCUUCGCGUGCCGGCGGUGCGGCAAGGCGUUCGCGGUGCGCGGCGACUGGCGUACCCAUGAGAAGAACUGCGGGAAGCUGUGGUUCUGCAUCUGCGGCUCCGACUUCAAGCACAAGCGAUCGCUCAAGGACCACGUGAGGUCCUUCGGCAGCGGCCAUGCACCUCACAUCGUAGAGACGAUGAGCGUCGACGAAGAGGAAGAGGAGGAGGAGGAAGAGGGUGACGAUGGUGAUGAGGAGGGAAACGGAGACAACGGCGGCGCGCUUUAGCUUCUUAUCUAGUGGCAUAACAACCUUAUAACAGACAUCAUUAGUUUAAGAUAUGGGAGAGAGAGAGAGAGAGAGGGUGAGAAGGAGAGGAGGGAGGGAAGUUGCAUGGUAGGUU